UAUGACGGUAAAAAAAAAUGUAUAUUAUGAUAUUAUCUGAAUUCUAAAUCACAUUUAUAUUCAUCAACUCGUAUUUUUCACAACCUGUAUGGGUUUUGGCUUUUGUUUCUAUGCUGUUGUGUACUCCAUUAUACUUUGAUGAACAUAUGAACAAACAGAACUCGACAGAGUGACUUUGGCUCUAACUAAGCGCAUAUUUGGGUUAACGUUGGAAACCUAGUUUUGGAGUAAUUUCCAUUUUGCAAAUUGUGUUUGCAACAAAUACCCAAGUUUUGCUUUUAUGAAACUUGGUCUAAGCCAAAAUUUCUGUGUGCAAAUGUACUUUUGAGGAAAACUACGCGCGUCAUAGAUUUGAGUUAACUCUCCAAACCGAGUACGGAGCACCCCGAAGUGGAAUCCAAAGAUACCCUAGUAUAUUUGAAAACAUUUACUUUAUUGUGCCAAAAUGGAUUUCUGAUCAUUGUCUACAUGUGCUAUGAUUUUUACUUUAAACUCAUCUGUUCAUAUCAGAGUCCAUGUGAUAGGAGAUUGAGAGUAUAUGAAAGGAGAAGGAAGCGUUAGUUAGCCUAACUGUCUUGACAGUUAGGAAAGGCGGGAAUGGGUUUGUAUAAAUAGAUAAGCGUGUUAGUUGUGGGAGGACUUUUAGACUGUUAGUAAUCUGUAUAGGAAGUGUUAAUCCUGUAGGGGGAGGUUAGGCUCUCAUAGUGGCCUUAUACUUGUAUUCUUUCUGUUGAAUAGUAAAACGAGAGGUUCUAAAGUGUUCGGUUAGUGCAUUUGUGGUAUUAGUUUAGGUUUCAUUGAUUAGAAACCUAUCAAUUUGGUUCGACCUGCCGGAAUUGGGUAUGAGAGCAAGAAUGGAGAGGGAUACGGAGGGAAGAUUGGAAGCGAUCGAAAUUACGAUGGAGGGGAUGAAAGCAGAGUCCGCUGCAGUACGGAGGGAUUUACAACAGAUUAUGAGGAUCCUGGGUACUCAGGUCAAUAACUCGGAGGAACAUUCUGACGAUAGCUCCGUGAACGAGAAUCAACAUCGAGUAGUGGGGGAAACUAGAGGCAGAAGGGUUGGCGACCGCAGUGAGGAUCAAAGACCAUGGCGGAAACGGGUAGAGUUACCCACGUUCGACGGGAUAGAGCCCCUCAGUUGGCUCAAUAGAGCGGAACGAUUCUUCGACAUACAGAAGGUGACGAGCGAUGAAGAGAAGGUGGAGAUUGUGUAUGUUAGCAUGGAAGGAAGUGUGGCCUAUUGGUUUACGUUCUGGAAAGAGAAGGCCAAGAACCGUUCUUGGGAAGGUUUGAAGACGACCAUGGUCAACCGUUUCGGAGGAGGAUUCAGGGGAACGGUGUUUGAGGGGUUGGCGACGCCGUGCCAGGAGGGUACUGUGGAGGAAUUUGUUCGCGAUUUCGAAAGUCUGAUGGGCCAGGCCAAGGGCGUGCCUGAAGAACAAGUACUAGGUUAUUUUCUCGCCGGAUUACGCGAGGACAUCAAAGGGCAGGUGAGGAUUCAAGAUCCCCAGGAAUUGAUGACAGCGAUGCGAAUCGCUCGCGACGUGGAAGACGCGAUGAUACGAGCGAAGGGAGGUAACGAGAGUGGGUUCAAGAGUAACCCAUCGGGGUCGCGAUCAGCGUGAGUAGUGAUGCGAUCAGAAAUUAGUAGACCCCCAAUGAACCAGUACAGGGGAACAGAGAGUACGGGGUCAUCGAGGAGAGAAGGAGUGGUGGCGAGCACGAACGCGAGGGCGAGUACCUCCAUUGGAAACGAGAACCGAGGAAGAAUGGUGAGAAAUCUUCCUUACCCAGAAUUCCUUAAGAGGAAGGAGGAAGGGAGGUGUUUUCGAUGUGGGGGGCCGUUUGCCCCAAGCCAUCGUUGCGCUGAGAGGAGCUUGCGAGUGUUGCUUUUAGCGGAGGAUGAGGAGGGAGACGUGAGUGAAGAAGGAGUCGAUCAGGAGGAGAAACUGCUAGAGUUGUCAGCCUGCUCUGCCGAAGGGCUGACUUCACCCAAAACCAUGAAGCUGACAGGGAAGAUCGGAGAAAGGAGAGUGGUAGUACUCAUCGAUAGUGGCGCAAGCCACAACUACAUUAGCCGGAGGAUAACGAAGGAAUUGAAGCUACCCAUAACAAACACACCAUCGUAUCCGGUGAGUCUAGGAGAUGGGCACAAGAGAAUGACCAGGGGGCGUUGUGAGAAGAUUAGAGUAAGCUUGGAAGAAGCCACCGUAGAGGAAGAGUUCUAUGUGCUCGAAUUGGGUGGUGUCGACGUCAUUUUGGGCGUUGCAUGGCUAGCGAAGUUGGGGGAAGUGAUGAUAAAUUGGGGAGAGAUGACCAUGGUAUAUAACCGGGAGGGUAAGAAGGUCAUGAUAAAGGGUGAUCCAGCUUUGUCUCGACAGCUGGUAGAACCAAAAACUUAA